AAAGCGAGACUUGCUAGAAUUCGAGUGGCGAAGAGCGGGAGCGCUAAUGCUUAUAUGCAGCGCAAACACAAUGGCUUGCUGACCGAUACACCUGAGCAGGCCUCAAAAGAAGCAGGACAGGCCUUCCUUAAUAAAACCAACUUAUCGUUUGAAAAAGAGCAUCAUCACUUACUGCACUGCCUAGAGAAAACCACGAAUCAUGAGUUUGUAGAUGAAGAGACCUAUGAGAAGAACUGCAUGGAAGUCUCAUCGGUGAACCCGCCAGGCUCUCGCUGCUCGUCCAUCUCCUCUCAGCAUGGGCUCACCUCCACUUGCUGCUCUAGACGGAAGAAGAAGACCUUCCGCCUCCCCAGUUCCAACAUGUCAGGCAGCCAUGCGGAGAGCUUGCAGGAGCUCAGCACGAUACAGAUCCGGGAGAGACCACUGAUGUCUAACAG